UUUUUGCCCGUUGCUUGGAAUGCUGACCACGGAGAUAAGAGAGCUGAGCAAUACUGGGGGAGGACGGGCAGCGGGCUGUUGCACAGUACAGCUUAAUGCCACGUUGGCAUGGUGGGCCCAUGAAAAGGCCGGUCAUGGAGGAAGGGACGCCACCAUAGCAUGGGCCAAGGCCCAGGGUGUACAACUUUCAGUAAAAGAUGUGCAGACAUGUAUUACCCAAUGUGAAACCUGCCAACUGCUAAAAAGACAUCCUUAUUUAGAUCAACCAGUAGGGCGCAUACAGCGGGGCACAACUGGGGGUGAUGUAUGGCAGAUUGACUAUAUUGGACCUUUACGGGAACAUAGGCGACAGCGCUAUAUCUGCGUAGCUGUGGACACAUAUUCGGGACUAGUAGUAGCAGUUCCCAGCCGCUAUAGUAAUGCACAUACCACAAUUAAAUGCUUAGAAAUGAUAGAGCUCUAUUAUGGUACCCCUGUAGAGAUCCAAUCUGACAAUGGGACGCAUUUCAAAAACACCAGAGUAGCACAGUGGGCCAGUGACCGAGGAGUUACGUGGACAUGGCAUCUUCCUUACCACCCCCAGGGGGCGGGAUUAGUAGAGCCCACUAAUGGAUUACUGAAAGAGCAGCUGAAGCGCUUGGGGGGUGGUACGUUCACUGGGUGGGUAGACCAUCUAACUGAAGCAGUACGCAUCUUGAAUAACCGUAUCAUUGGCCAGAGCUCGACCCCCAUGCUACGCAUGAAGCAAGGGCAGAUCAGAACCACAAAGGUUGCAAAUCCAGGAAUAUCCGUUCUACAAGGGACGGCCUUCACAGCUACACCCCAAGGCGGCGGAUACGCCGUGCAAAGCACUACAGAUAUAACCAUGGCUAUCCAAGAGACGCGGUGGUUCCGUACCGACGUCACGCUGUAUCCAGCCUCUGGUAACUGUCUAUGUUUAUUGUGUUUGACCCCAGGGCUCUUGGCCCAGGGCCUAGUGUUACUGAAUACAACUCAGGAAUCUGGAAAAAGACCACUCAUAUUUGGAAUCAAAAACACCUCCUCACAGGCGGUGAUCCUACCUACCGCCCCAUGGGUUUUGGUAUAUCGUGUCCUGAAUACACCACCAACUACAGAGACCACGCAGUGGUUCACUGGGGUGCGGGUAUGGUAUCGGCCCCUGUUAGGACAACCAGUUGCAGCCGAAGUUAUAGCUGCUGAUGACUCACAAGCUGUAACUAUUGUGGUGCAGGGAGAAUCUGCAUGGCGGCGGGUGCCAGCACAGCAUCUAACGUGACGGGAGUAGGGUAUGGGCUAUGUUUCCCCUCCCCUCUUAU